AGCCCUGGGGCUGCUUGCAGGCUGGGACAGGCCGGGUGAGGCACCCGGCUCCAGGAAAAGGAGCAAAAAUCGCUCCAGGGUACAAGGGUGUUGGCACUGCUGUGAGCGGGGGGAACGGUCACGGAAACGUGAACCAUGCAGAGAGGAGCCGGGGCAAGAGGAAGCUGGCCGGGGGCCAAAGAGGUGGAGGGUGGCACGGGCAGGAUUGGUGCAGCAACUUUCAUUUCACCAUUUUUGCGAGACGGCAAGAGGAAGCCAAGGCAUCAGGCUUUGGCUCGUGAUUUUUUUGGGGGAGAAACGUUAGCUUUCCGAUAGCUCUGUAGACAAGCCCGUGGCAGCUUCCUUCCUGUUCAAACACACCUAGAUGUCGGAAGUUUUCACGGAGCACAGGUAGUUCUUGGAGUACAGAGGUGGUCGUAACCAGUUCAGUUUGCUCGUGGAAAGUAGGAGUGACGUGGCACCGAGGAAGAGUUUGGAGGAGAUUGAAAUGGCAGAGAGUCACGGUGCAGAAAACAACAAUGCAGCUGAGGUCACCCAGAAGCGACCGCGAAUGCAGGAUGCUUUCCAGCAGGAGGAAAGGGAGACUCUCAGGAAAUACGAGAAGAUGGAGGACAGGGUCAGAAAAAUCCUGACCAGCUCGUGUGAGAAGAUAACCCACCUCUUUUUUAUGAAGGACAUGCCGGGGCACCUGGCCUAUCUCCGGGACCGCAUCACGACCCUCAACUCCAAGCUUGCCUUCGACCCCAUCCGCGUCGGGCUCUUUGGAAGCAGCGGCGCGGGGAAGAGCACUCUGCUCAACGCCAUCCUCCACAAGCGCUUCUUCCUCCCGGUGUCAGGGACACGCGCGUGCACCUCCUGCCAGGUUCAGAUCAGCACCUGCAGGAGCAAACAGUACAAAGCCAAUAUUUUUCUCCUCUCCAACGAGGAGUGGAUGGAUGAGGUGAGGAGCCUGUUCACGCUCCUGGAGAUGGAGAGAGAGGAUGGUGAGAAUGACAGCGAUGUAGAACACGCCGUUAGAGUGCUGCGGGCUGUCUACGGGGAAGGAGCAGAGAACAGGAAUUAUGAAGAUCUGACGAAAGCCAAGCCUGCCAUCACUAUUCCCUCCUCCAGAGUUAUUACUCUGACAACGACAGAGGCAGAAGCUCUCUCCCAGGAACUGGACCCGUACAUCCGCAACCAGGAGGGGCUCGAGGUGGAGGACGCCACCUUCUGCAACGAGAAGAUGCGGCUCUGGCCCCUCAUCAAGUACGUGCAAGUGACCCUUCCCGCGUCUGACUUCGUGCCUGAAGGUGUCAUCUUUGUGGACAUCCCGGGGAUGGGCGAUUCCAACAAGAAGAGGGAUGAAAUGUGGAAAGAGAGCAUCCAGGAGUGCACAUCCAUUUGGGUCGUUGCUGAUGUUGAACGCGUUUUUGGGGCCAGCACACAUGAAAACAUGCUGAAAGAGGCGAUUACAGCUUGCAUGGUUGGCAAGUGCAGCGAUAUCACCUUUGUGGUCACCAAGAUGGAUAAGAUUAACGUGGAUGAGUACCUGAGGAACCAUCCCAGUGCACCGGAGGAUCUAAGAACGCGCGAUGCCAUUUUGGAGACGAAACAAGACCUGAAAACAAAAAAGACCAGAGCAAUAAGGGACAGGAUGCAGAAGAGACUGCCCAGCGACACAGAGGUGCUGCAGAAGUCAGACCUGGUGUUCACCGUCAGUGCCAAGGAGUACUGGAACCCCACGGUCCUCACGGAGGAGGAGACAGAAAUCUCCAGACUAAGGGACCAAAUCAGGAAGCUCUACCUGAACAUGAAGAGAAAUCAGCUGCAAGAGCACAUGCAGGAAAUCCUUGUCAUCUUCUCCCUGGUGGACGUUUACCACGCCGUGCAGCUCAGCCCGGGUCCAACCCCGCAGCAGGAUGGGCUUAACACGUUUGUGUCAACGAAGAUCCAGGAGCUGAAGAGGAUGGCUCAGAGCAUUUUUGACCUGAUGGAUUUGCCUCUUAUCAAGGGGGUGAAGUCUGCCAAAAGCUCAUACAAGAAGAAAAUUGAAAAGAUCUUUGCGAUAGGCGAAAAGUCCAAAGGCUUCCACAGGACCCUGAAAGCUGUGUGCAGGAGGAACGGGGUGUACGUGUCCCGCGUCUUUCAUCGUGUAGACAUCAACAACUGCCUGGCUGAGCCUAUCUACGCAGAAAUUGAUAUUAUGUUUGCAAACAUAUUCAGAAAACAGAGGCUCACGAGGACCAGUCUGCAGGCUGCCAUCAAUGAGUUCAGCACGGAGGUAAAAGCCAGAUUCAUGACGUUUGCGAAGGACACGAAUAUGAAUGAGUCCAAGCUCAAAUUCCUCACACAAGAGACCAACAUCAUCAUGAGAGCUCUUGAAAGAGAAAUUCUUUUGAAAAAGAAGACUAUCUAUGAGUCCCUUGAGUUGUCCAUCCAAAGCACCUUAACGCCUUAUUACAAAGAGGCUGAUAAGAUAAGUGGGAAGGAUACGUACAAGCAGUUAAAAAGCAUGCUGACACAGAGCAUCGAGCUGGAGGUACGGCAGGCGAUGUUCGAAAAAGCGAAGGAGAAGAUGAUGAGCCAGUUCCAGGAUCUGACGGAGCAGAUGACCACGAAGCUGAGCAAGGACUUCCUCGACAUGCUCAGCGUCAUUUUCAGUCAGUGUGACACACCGGUCAGCACGCUGCCGGUUCUGCAGGAAGAAUGCCAAGAAAUCCUGGAUUUGCUGAAAAACUUGUGACAGCCUGGCUGACCAAAAAGGCC